AUGUCUAGCAACUUUAUUGUUCUAUGUGUUUCGGCACUCUUUAUUCAGUGUGCUGUAAGCCAAUGCGUUGGUCGGAUUGGUUCUCUGCGUGGUGGUCCCCUCGAUGGCUGGGGUUACGAUGGUCUGGGCUAUGAUGGCUUCGGUAUUGGAGGCUGGAGCGGCCGCGGCUGUGGAGGUCUAGGCGAUGACAUAGCCGCUGCUGCGGCGCUGGGAGCCUCUCACGGCGGCACGCUCGCUGUCGUCUCAACCUCUGCCGCUCCUACCGGUCUGGGCAUAGCGUCUGAGAACGUUUACGAAGGUUCAGUCGGUGUCUGCGGUAACCUGCCCUUCCUUGGUACUGCUGAUGUUGCCGGCGAGUUCCCAACAGCCGGCCUUGGCGGCAUCGAUUAUACUUGCGGCGAUGGUGCAGUUGGCAUAACUGUCGAGAAUGCCGUUAAUGGCAUCUCUAAUGUUGGGUACGGACUAGCUCCAGGCAUAGUUGGACCUGCUGUAGCUGCUCCUGCCCUCGGCUACGGACCUGGAAUCUCUUCUCUUGGCUACAACACCGCUGGUCGCGGCUGCGGGUGUGGGGCUAAUUACUAUUAA